AUGACUAGCGGGGCAAACAAGGAAAAAGAUACGCCGAAGACGUCUAGAGCCCCAAGUCCCCCUCCCGUUACUGCUCAAGUAGCUCAUGUAGGACUACGUCACGCUGUGAUUGCUCAACUGCAUGCUGCUGGCUUCUCUUCUGCACCUGUGCCCGUUCUUGAAGAACUUGAGCGUACAGCUUUGCAAUAUAUCAUGGAGAUGUACACUCUCGCCCUUGAAUAUGCUCGGGUCUCAAAUCGACUCAACGCCAAUGCUUUCGAUUUACUUGCAGCAUGUUUGGAGGCGGGAGUUGAAAUUUCUCACCUUCGUCAAAUCGCCCAUAAAAAGAAAAAGCAGGCUUUCAAGUCGAAAGUACCAACGCUGGGCCAAACACCAAGCGCUCCUUCGGCCCCGUCCUUCCUCCCUUCGGACUCAUCUGAGGAAGGGGAGGGAGAAGAAGUAACCAUAAAGUCAGGGAAAUGGGCUACGUCUACCAAAGCUAAAGCGGACAAGAACAAUAAGAAGAGCGGCGGCAAGAAGACAGAUGCCAAAAUAUCAAAGCAUUUCCGCGAACUUCCGAAGCAGUUCCCUGAGCUUCCUCCGAAGCAUACCUUCCUCCAAAGCGCUGCACCUCCUCAACCAACACGGACUCUAGCUUCACUCGAGGCCAGGUAUGCGGAUGCUGCUUCAUUGCAAGAAUCACUCCGUGUAUUGGUGCACGGCACAGAAGAUCCUCUGCCGGAACCUACUAGUUUUCCAGAUGGCAGAUCGGCAAAUCCUAAUUCAGACAGCAGAACUCCUCCAACUUUGGAAGAGUCCGGGGUCGGAGGUAUAGUUAACUUUGAGCAAGCGGAACGGACUUUUCAUGGCACUUUGAAGAGGAAGCGAUGGAAACUAUGA